UGCGUCAAAGCAGCCUCGCCGGGUCUGUUACUCAUUUUGUUCAUUCAAUUGGACAUUGUUAAAAUGCAGGAGAAAAUUAGUUUGGCGAAAACACCCCAAAAAGUUCCUUCACGGCUCGUCCUCACCCUGACAUUGCGCAUCCCCGAAGACGACACCUCCUGGUCCAGAAGAGAAAAAAAAAAUGAAAAAAAAAAUCGUCCACCACCACCGCAGUGCACCACCUCUCGAUCAUUACUCCGCGCACAAGUCUCUAACACAGGCAGCCCUCCGGUGCGGUGUGUAUACGUGUGUACACACGGAGACAGAGCGAGACAUGCACAGACAAUCUAUCCCCACCUCCCCCUCGCCCCCCGAGAGCGAGCGAGCGAGAGAUAGAGAGAGAGAGAGAGCUCCCCCACCCACCCAAGAGAGCGCCUUCCUCUAUUACACUCUCUAUCGAUGAUCUAGCCUAGCCUAGCCGGCUCCUACUCUCUCCCUUCUCUCCGUCUGUGUGAGUGCGCCGCGCGCCGUGUAUAAGGUACUGGCUUGCGCGCGCGCGCGCGCCUCUGCACGGAGAGAGAACCCGAGGAAAUUGAUGGUGGGGCUCCCGUCUCUCUCUCUCUCUCUCGCUCGCUCGCUCACUCCGCGAGCGGGUGCGCGGCUCCGGUCUUGCGCGCCACGAGCAGUCAACCCAGAGCCUCGGUCGCGCGUGCAGUAGUCCGAGUCCGCGUUUUGUACUCUCUCUCUCUCACAGUCGCUCAGUCUCUCUCACCAGCCGGCAGUUGCCGCCCCCGACAACAACACCCACCGGCGUGCAAGCGCGUGCUCGCAGCUUCGAAUUUGUUUCUCUCCCGCCGAGAGAGAGCUUGCGAGCUUUUCUGUGCGCGGCGACGGUGUUGCCGGGGAGCUACUCUGUGUGUGUGUGUGCGCGCGUGUAUCUCGCUCGCGAAAGAGAGAGAGCGCGCGGUUUCUGUGCCUACGCGGAUCGAUUUUUGCUGCUGCUGCAGCAGAGACGAGAGAGAGAGAGUGAGAGCCACCUCCCGCUCUUUGCCUCUCUCACUUGCUCCGUGUGCUUCGAGCCCGCGCGACAUGUAAACCUGUGUACACGGGAGGCUGUGCGCGGCGGCGGCGAUGAGUGUCCGAGUGAUGUCGAGGAGAUGCUGGAUCGCCGUUGGAUUUUUCGACGGGUGCAACGCGACGAGAGUGAAAGUGAAUACGUACAGGCACGCAUAGAAGCAUCGCGAGAGAGAAUAUAACACACGCCCGGCUGUGAUUGCAAAGUGCUGUGAUCUCACACGUCUCCCGCCUCUAUCUCUGGCUCUGAGUGUAUUACGUGCGCGAUAAAUCCUCUCACCCUUCACCGCACAGAGAGAGUAUACACGUAGUGCAUCGGCAGGAGGUCCUCUGAUAUGAGCGAGGAAGGAUCCUCGUCGGCCGGCUCUUCUUCACGUCGAGCCGUUGUUGUUGUUGUUGUCACGCUUGAAUGCCUUACCCGAGCCCGAAAGCGCGAGGGGAUCUCGUGAGGAAAUCACGCCGGCGGAUCAUCGUCCGAAGCAGUCCAGCAUCGGAGUGAACGAAGGAAAUCGAACAACGAGUGUGCGUGCACGUCAAUCGAGUGCGGUGACAUGUGCCGUGAUAAAUAAAAGCUCCGGCAUAUCGAGCGCGAGUUCCCGGAGAGUCGAAGAGAGAGAUACAGCCGUCUCUAGUCUCUCGAAGCGCAAAGUCCAAGUCCGCUCGUAUGUGCAAGGCGCCGGCGGCUGGUAAGGAGCAGCAGACGAGGCAGAAGAAGAAGAGGGAGAAGGAAGAGGAGACGUCAGUCGCAAGGGGCGAGUCUAGGCGCCACUCUGGCGUUCAACAUGUUCGAGAUGUGGAGCGCGGUGAGCUCCAAGCUGGAGCACUCCGCGACCUCCUCGGGCUCGCCGCUGCCCCUCACGUCGCACGCGCCCCAGACGCCGCACACGUCGUCCGGCAGCAUAAAAGCCCAGAUCGAAAUAAUCCCGUGCAAGGUUUGUGGUGACAAGAGCAGCGGCGUCCACUAUGGGGUCAUAACGUGCGAGGGCUGCAAAGGUUUCUUCAGGCGGUCGCAGUCCUCGGUGGUGAAUUACCAGUGCCCGAGGAAUAAGAACUGCGUCGUCGAUCGGGUCAACAGGAACCGGUGUCAGUACUGCCGGUUACAAAAGUGCCUAAGGCUUGGCAUGUCCAGAGAUGCCGUUAAAUUUGGACGAAUGUCAAAGAAGCAGAGGGAAAAGGUCGAGGACGAGGUGAGGUUUCACAGGGCGCAGAUGAGAGCGGCCUCGGAGACGGCGCCCGACAGCAGCGUCUUCGAGCACCAGACGCCCAGCAGCUCGGAUCAGCAUCACUCCUACAACGGAGGGAUGACUCCGAGAAUCAUCGCUGAGCGGAUUCUAGGCAGUGGACUUAAAGGGCUGAAUUACACGUACAGCGGCAGCGAGUACGCUUCACCGGGGCCCGGCACCGAGAGCAGCGGCUACUACUCGGCAGCGAUGACCAACUACAACGACCUGAGCACCAACUACGUCGACAGCACGACGGCCUACGACCCGAGGCCGACGCAGUCGCAGGUCGACGCCGUCGCGCCGGACACGCCGUCCGUCAACGCGGCUGGUGUACUGCCCGGCGUCGUCAACAACGGCAAAUCGUUAGGCGCGACGACGACCGGCUCGGCAACGGCUGGAGGCGACGGUGGUGGCGGUGGUGGUGGAACCGGUAACUCGAGCACUAGGAGCACGACUGGCUCACUGAGCGGGGGCGGAAUAGUGGCCGUCAAGCAGGAGACGACGACCACGACGCAGGUCGAAAUCGCGAGUCUCGGCGCCGCCGGACACGGCUCCUACACCCUCGUCGACUCGACGACUUUCCUCAGUCAGCAGCAACAGCAACAGCAGCAGCAGCAACAGCAGCAACAACAACAGCAGGGCAACAGGUCCGGCCCGGCGGUUCAGAGCAAUGCAGCUCCGCCCCAGAGCCCGGACGACGAAGAGAUUCCCAGUAUGUCCUCCCUUGCGAGAUAUUCCGCAGAAGUCAGCGAAAUGCUGUCGAGGGCGAUAUCCGACGCUUACACCAGGACGUGUCUGAUGCCGAUCGAGCAGAUCCAGGAAUCGUUCCGGAAGGCCCCGACCCAGGAUCUCGCGAAAAUUCUCUUCUACAAGGACAUGCCACAGGAGCAGCUCUGGCUGGACUGCGCGAAAAACCUGACGGCGGUCAUUCAGGUGAUCAUCGAGUUCGCCAAGAUGGUCCCGGGCUUCAUGAAGCUCACCCAAGAUGACCAGAUCGUUCUUCUCAAAGCCAGUUCCUUCGAGUUGGCAGUGCUACGCAUGAGCAGGUACUACGACCUGCAGACGGGCUGUGUCCUCUACGGGGAGUCGAUGCUGCCGCAGGACGCGUUCUUCACGCAGGACACGGCUGAGCUGAAGCUCGUCACCUGCCUGUUCGAGCUAGCCAAGAGCAUCGCCGAGCUCAAGCUCACCGAGACCGAGCUCGCGCUCUACAGUGCCGCUGUACUUCUCAAUCCCGAUCGACAAGCACUGAGGGGCCACGGAGAGGUGCGAAGGAUCUACGAGGCGGUGCUGCGCGCGCUGCGCUCCGAGCUCGACCGCACUCACGUAUCGCCGCUGAAGGGCGACGUGACGGUCUGCGACGCGUUGGUCGCCAAGAUGCCUCAGCUGAGGGACGUAACCCACUUGCACAUGGAAGCGCUAGCCAAGUUCAAGCGGUCCCAGCCCCACCUCGAAUUCCCGGCACUCCACAAAGAGCUGUUCAGCGUCGACAGCUGAACGCAAGACGAGCUGCCGACAGCGAGUAGCGCAGAGCACCAGGCCGACCCAGCAUCACUACUAUCAUCAUCAUCGACAUCGUCAUCCUCACUCUCAUCGCGACUACCGGUUAACGACGACUUGGACGACUUGGACGACGACCUGGACGACGACCUGGACGACGACCUGAAAUGAGCGCAACGGGGCCUUGCUCUGUCAAGAUUAUUUCCUUCGUAUUGAACGUAUUGGGCCUUAAAUAAACAUAAUAUUGUUAUAUAAAGUAUAAACAGAGCAACAUAAAGUAUAUAAGGAAGAUAUAUAUAUAUAUACGUUUAUAGGAAUAUAAUAUAAAUAUAAGAUAUGUAUAUGCGCAUACAAAUAUAUAUGUAUAUAGUACACACACAGAAGCAUAUAUUUAUAUAUUUGUAUGUAAAUAAGUUAUCGGUUGUUAUGACAAACACGUAAACCGGGUGCGCGUGUAUGUCCGCGCACACGGCUCUAUUGACUAAUGUAAUUGUAAGUUGCGCUAGGGUGAUCUCAAAACAGAGUGUUACAGAGAGAAAAAAAAUUCAACCUCGUUGACGAUUCCGACUGAGCGCGUCGCGCGCUCCGCGUCAUUUGUAUAGACCGACGUAGGUGAGAAAAAAUAUAUUGAUAUAAA